ACGCUCCAUGGAAGAGGACACAGACACAGUACAAGAUACCAGUAUUAUUACAGACUCUCCGUUGGACCUCACCCAAAGGUGCAAGGACUUGGAGGACGACAUGGACACUAUCCCCGCAGCCCCCCAGUCUCCCUCUCCGUCUAUCCCCAUGUGGAGGUCCACCAAGGCCCCCAGGAAGCAGCUCCGUCCCAGCCGGAGUGUGGAUGUUGGAGACCCAGACUUCCAGGGAGUGACGUUCCGGAUGCAGACGGAGCUGGACGACAGCAGGGAGCAGUGUCGCCUUCUCAUCACCUCCAAGAAGUACAGUGAAGAGCUCUCUAGUGGUCCGACCAGGAGGUCACUGAGAGCAGGCAGGUCCCGUUCAUCCCAGAGUUCCAUGAGGACCAGCAGCUCUGAAGAGAGUGACCCCUCCUCCAAGAAUAAGAUCUGUGCCUCUUGCUGCACCAUGAAGACUCCUCUGUGGCGAGAUGCUGAGGAUGGUACCCCGCUGUGUAACGCCUGUGGAAUAAGGUAUAAGAAGUACAAGGUACGCUGUCUGCAGUGUUGGCACAUCCCUAGGAAGGAGGGCAACUCCAACUCGCGCUGCUUCAAAUGUGGAAACUUAUCACGGCUGGCUACGUCCCACCGCAAGCACUCUGCCUUGUAGGGGAAGGGAACACACUUAGGCCUUGGCAUGAGGUCCUAGACACUGAUACCACAGACAGUCCCCCUCCAGGUACAUGGUAAUUGGCCACACCUCCUGACUUUGAGACUCUUGGAGUUAUUUGAUAAUUUAUUACAUCACAUACUGUCAUAGUGUGUCACGGUGUUGGCUGAGCCAUGGUGAGUCACAGUCUGACGGGUCUGGCUGCUUUUAGCACUGUAGCGUGCGCUUGUCACUUUAGGAAGAAAGAGUUCAAAUGAAGAACAGUCUCCUGCUUGGAGGCUGUGUCUGACAAUAGACUGUCUGUCUGAAAUGACCCUGACAAAAGUAGUGCACUAUACAGGGAAUUGGGAGUCUCUGGCCAAAGGUAGUGCACUUUUGGGACUAAGGACCCAUGGCUCUGGCCAAAGACGGUGCCCUGCUUUACUGGGAAUAGGUAGCCAAUUUGGACUGUUUACUCUCCUUGUUUACUAGGCUUGACAUUGGUGCUAUCCAGUUUGUAUGUUACAUUAAGUUCAAUUAAUUUGAGUGAUAUAUUAUCUGUUCUGGUUUAUUAUUAUUAUUAUUAUUAUUGUUUCUAUUUGGUUGUUUCUGGACUGCCCUUAGCAUUAACUGGCUGGAUUAGAGAUUAAGCAAUUCCUUAUCUUGACUGUUUCCUGUAAACAAAUAAAAAAUAAACGUUUGUGUUAGUGUGUACUACACUUUUGGGUUUGGUGUGCAUAAAAUUCGUGUUAACAUAUCUUA